AUGGAAUCUGAAAACUCUUCUAGUUCUUUUGCAAUUCCGCCGCCAGUGUUUGAUGGAGAGAAUUACCAGGUAUGGGCAAUCAAGAUGAAAACUCACAUGGAGGCAUGUGAUCUCUGGGAUGCAGUAGAGGAGGAUUACGACAUUCCUGCUUUACCUGGCAAUCCAACAAUGGCUCAGAUCAAACUUCACAAGGAAAAAAGGACAAGGAAGUUCAAGGCAAAAUCUUGCUUAUAUGCUGCAAUCUCACCAACCAUUUUUUCCCGAGUCAUGGCGCUGGAAUCAGCAAAAGCAAUUUGGGAUUUUCUUAAAGAAGAAUACCAAGGAGGUGAGAGAAUCAAAGGUAUGAAAGUGAUGAAUCUCAUCAGAGAAUUUGAGAUGCAAAGAAUGAAGGAAUCCAAAACUGUCAAAGAAUACUCGGACAGACUUCUUAGCAUUGUGAAUAAGGUAAGAAUGUUGGGUAAGAAUCUUCCUGAUAGCAGAGUUGUUGAAAAGAUUCUUGUAACAUUGUCUGAGAAGUUUGAACCCACUAUUGCUUCCUUAGAAAAUACUAAGGAUCUGUCACAGAUAACCUUGGCAGAAGUACUAAACGCAUUGCAGGCACAAGAGCAGAGAAGGUUAAUGAGAGAAGAAGGGACGGUAGAAGGUGCAUUACAGGCGAAGUUGCAAAGUAAUGCCGGAAGCAGAUACAAGAAAGGAAAAGGAAAGAAGAACCAUGCUGGAAACAAUCAAGUUGCUGCUAAUAAUGGUGGAGGCAACAACUCUAGCAGCAACAAAGGAGAUAAGUUCCCUUCAUGUCAGCAUUGUAGAAGGAAGAAUCACCCUCACUUCAAAUGCUGGAGAAAGCCGGAUAUGAGAUGCAGAAAGUGCAACAAGUUGGGGCAUGCUGAAAUAAUUUACAAGUCCAAAGAUAAUCAGCAAGAAACUGAAGCUUAG